UAACUAUAAUUUAACCAAUUAGUUUUGCUAUAAUUAACAUUUUUUUUAUACCUAACAAAAAGAUUGUAUUUGCAAACAAAAACACACAAAGAUCUUAUAACAACGCCUCCAUAUUAUUUUCUUUGCUAAUUUCUUUUACUAUUGCUGCCUAUUUUAAUAAAAAAAACACUUUAAACACGGAUCAAAAAAGAACAAACGCCAACGAGGCUGAGCCCGACGAAAGUACCCCCCUAAUGGAAGGCCACGUCGGUGCCCCUCAAAUCAGUUGUAAUAACUCGAUAACGGGAGGAGCUGAACGAAAACGUCAGCAAAAACGUAAAACGGAACAGUUGAAUAGUUAUGGUGGCACCGAACAGCGUGAUGCUACUGAUGGGGCCAUUUUAGAUGUACCCAAUGUAGAAAUACGUAGUAGACGUUUGCGUGAUGCUGAUGGUGGUAAUCCUAACGAUCCAGAUGCUCCCUCUAGUUCUCAACCUACUACUAACGAGGCCGAAGAUGAAGAACAGGGUUUGAAAUAUGGAGCUCAACAUGUUAUAAAGAUUUUUGCUCCCGUCUCUUUGUGCAUGUUAGUGGUAGUGGCCACCAUUAAUUCAAUUACCUUUUACACUUAUACUGAUACUUAUUUAUUAUAUACCCCAUUCCAUGAAUUAUCUGAAGAUAAAGGCACAAAACUUUGGAAUGCCUUAGCCAAUUCUCUAAUACUUCUCUCCGUCGUUGUGGUAAUGACCAUUUUUCUAAUUGUUCUCUAUAAGAAACGUUGCUAUAAGAUUAUACACGGCUGGUUGAUACUAUCAUCCUUUAUGUUGCUAUUCAUUUUCAGUUAUUUAUAUUUGGAAGAACUUUUAAGAGCCUAUAAUGUUGCUAUGGAUUAUCCCACUACACUGUUGAUAUUAUGGAAUUUUGGUGUUAUGGGCAUGAUAGCCAUACACUGGCAGAGUCCUUUAAAGUUGCAACAGGCUUAUUUGAUAUUUGUUUCAGCUUUAAUGGCUUUGGUUUUCAUAAAAUAUUUGCCCGAAUGGACUGCUUGGGCUGUCUUAGCGGCUAUAUCUAUAUGGGAUUUAAUAGCUGUUCUAACACCUAAAGGACCUUUGCGUAUUUUAGUAGAAACCGCCCAAGAAAGAAAUGAACAAAUUUUCCCUGCCCUUAUCUACUCUUCCACUGUUUUGUACACGUUUAUGGGCACUCAUGCCCCGGCUCAACGUAAUAAUUCUUCCGAUUCGAAUUCACCCAACUCGCCGCAUACCUCAACUUCGUCUACUUCUGUUUCCCGUACAGGUACAAGUGCACCUCCUAGUGCUGAAGGUAUGCCUCUAGUGACAUUUAAAAUGCGCGGAAAUGAAGCGGCUGGUUUUACCGAAGAAUGGUCAUCAAAUUUAGAUGAUCGUGUGGCUCGCCGUCAAAUUGAGGUACAGGCUAGUACUUCAGAUAAUGCUAAUCGUUCAACUAAUUAUCGUACGGUUACUACUCAAGAAACUCGACCCUCUCAAAUGGGCAGUAAUAUGACGGAAGCUCAAGAAGAACGUGGCAUUAAACUCGGUCUGGGUGAUUUUAUUUUCUAUUCUGUAUUGGUGGGUAAAGCUUCAUCGUAUGGCGAUUGGGCAACAACAAUUGCCUGUUUUGUGGCUAUACUUGUAGGAUUAUGUCUAACAUUAGUUUUGUUAGCCAUAUGGCGUAAAGCAUUGCCAGCAUUGCCUAUAUCAAUAUUUUUUGGACUAUUCUUUUGUUUGGCUACAAGUGCUAUAGUCAAACCGUUUAUGGAGGAACUAUCAGAUCAGCAAGUUUUUAUAUGAAAAUCAAAUAAAAUAAGGAGACAAGUAAGAUAUCUAUCUAUAAGCAUAUAAUGACAUAAUUUCUAGAUUAAGAUA